AUGGAGCAAAUCGAUCAGACAGAGCGGCUGAUGAUGGAGCGAUUAGACAGACAUGAUCGCCAUCUUCGGGCGAUUGAGGAUCAUUUCAGCAUCCAUCGGUCACCUACUCCGACGCCUCAGCAUGAAAAGGAGCAUAUUGGUACAUCACUAGUCCUCAAGGAGUUGAGAAGGCAUGGACAUGGCUCUGUAGAUGGUAAUGGUGGUGGUUAUGGGGUUGGAAGCGGAGGCAGCAAUGACAGCAGUGGAUAUGGCUCUGUAGGUGGGUCGGGUGGAGGUGGUCUAGGCGGUAAAUAUGGUCCAGGUGAUAGCGGUAAUAGUGGUGGAUGGAAUGGUGGUAGCUAUGGUCCUAGUGCAAACUACUUGAGACCAGAAUGA